CUUGCGGGACGUUUUGUGUUUCCUCAGGAGUGCAACACUGUGGUGUUGAGCGAUGGCCAACUACUUGGAGCCGGGGCGGCAGGUCAGGUGGAAAAGGGUGGGGCAAUAGAUUAUUAUGCCUUUACUGAACUCAUCAAACUCUGUAAAGAAAUCACCUCAAACAUGCAAGUCAUGCAUAUAACUCCAGUGACAGUACCAUAUUGCUGCUUUUUUGUGUUUGUCAUGUUUUUAGUAUUGUUGGGUUUAGGUGUAAUGAGAUUUUCUGUUGAUGUAUAUGCCAAAUGUUGCAAAAGCCAAUUUCACACCUUGUGUUUACAAUAAAGUUGUGUUGUAUUGGAAUGUAUAGCAACGUUUCGCUUGGUGUGGACUUUACUUUUGUUCUUUGCCGUCCUCUAGUGGACAACUUGUACAAUUGCAACAACUCAACCCUACCUAUUGCUAAGGCUUGACCUGUCCAGCUGGUCCAACUCAUACCUGGAUAAAACUAUAUCUCUUACCAGACGCUAUUCCUUGCUUUUGUCACUACAUGCAGGGCCAGGGUCAUUCCAGAGAGGAGAGCAGUGGAGCUACUGGACUGAUCAGGGAACUCCAGUGACCAGGAUGUAUGUGAGCAACAACCUUAGCGAUACGACAUGGGUCAGUCCGUCCUUUACCAUUCCCGACACCAUCUACUCCUGGAGAGUGGAAGCACUGGUGAUGUCCGACGAGCUGGGCUUGGGUUUCUCCGGGUCUGUCACCACCACCCCACCGAGAGAGUCAUUCCAGAGGUUAUUUUACAUGGAACUCCCAGAAAGUGUCAUCAGAGGAGAGGAGAUUGUGCUUGAGCUACGGUUCUUCAACAUCCUGAUGUGGGACUUGGAGGUCAUACUGCUGGUGGAGCACAACGAGGCCUUUGAGUUUGUUCUCGCCGUGGACGGGGACCUCGCUGUAGUGAAUGCAAAGAAAGUGACGGUGGGGCCCCUGAGCACUGUCCAGGCGUUCUUCCCCAUAAGGCCCUUGGCUCUGGGCGAGAUGGAAAUAUCGGCCGCCAUGUUUUCGGCGGAGGAUUCGCGGAGAUGGGUCCAGACCGUGCUCGUGAAGCCGGAGGGCGUCGCACGCUUCUACUCCCAGACGCUCCUGCUGGAGCUGGCACCCAACACGGACAGCGAUUCAUGGACCACCUCCUUCUCUUUCCCCCCAGAUGUGGUGCCGGGGAGCCAGAGGGUCCAUGUGGCAGUGGUUGGUGACCUCCUGGGCCUGGCAAUGGGGGGUCCGGAGAUCCUGGUAGAACUGCUUAGUGAGUACCAGGAUAUUGCGUCCUUCGCCUCCUGCGUCACCGUCCUCGAGUACCUGGAAGUCCUGGAGAACGGCCCCAUCAAAGCUAGGGCGCUGGCCGUCCUGGAAGAAGGUUUCCGGAAGCUACGGUCCGACCAGCGAGACGAUGGCUCCUUCCGUGCCUGGAACAGAGACUCAUCUGGCUCGACAUGGCUGACAGCCAUCAUGCUGCGGACCUUCCUCCGGGCUCAGCCCUACAUGUCGGCGGAGCAGGGCGUGGAGCUGCAGGGCGUGGUCAGGGGGGCCGCCAGCUGGCUGCUCACCCACCAGGGGCCCGGGGGGGGCUUUGCAGAGGCCGGACCCCGGGAGAUGAUGCAUUGCCAGGACGACUGCCCCGCUACACUCACCGCCUUCGUGGUCAUGGCGCUGUUGGAGGACCCGGAGUUCGCGCGCUUGUACGAACCCAAUAUAACUCGGGCCCUAGAUUACCUGAAGAGAGUAGUGCUGCCCACGACCGGAAACUACACCCUGUGUAUGAUGGCGUACGCCCUGGUCCUGGAGGACCGGCCUGCAGCCAGCCGUGUGCUGGCUGAGCUGAGACUGCGUGCCAACUACCUGGACGGCGACCGGUGGAGUUUGUCCGAGGCCCCGUGGGAGUUGGGGGCCCGCGCUGCAGAGGUAGAGAUGGUCUCCUACGUGCUGCUGGCCCUCUCCCGCAACGGCAGGAUAGUGGAAGGCUUCCCUCUCAUGAGGUGGCUGAGCCAACAGAGGAACCACUACGGGAGCACUCAGGCCAGGGUGGUGGCCAUGCAGGCGCUGGCGGCCAUCGCCUUCGUGGUCAAGGCUGAUGCCAUCAACCUGACCGUCCAGGUGUCCUCCUCGACCAUGAGGGGCGUGUCCCUCUUCAGAAUCACCUCCACCAACUACCAGCUGUACCACAGCAAGGAGAUCCAUGCCGACCAGAAUGUAACCAUAGAUAUAUUCCUGGAAGGCAAAGGAUUUGCCCACUUUCAGAUGAACGUCUUCUACAACGUUGAGAGCACAAGCCGGGAUCCCACAGAGAAGCUCCAGGCUGGGACUGAGGCCUUCUCCCUGGACGUGGUGGUGCUGGAAGCGCUGGACGACCGGGGAGACAGACACCAUACCAUGGUGGUGUCCAUAUGCACUCGUGUCCUUGUGACGGAUGGGAUAAAUCCGACGGGCAUGGUCCUGUUAGACGUGGGUCUGCUCAGCGGGUUCCUCCCACUUGGAUUGCCUUCUGUUGAACCCAUCUGGAAGGUGGAGACCCCCCCCGGCAGGGUGGUCUUUUACCUUUACGGGCUCCCCUUAGAUGAGGUUUGCAUCAACGUGACGCUCACAAGCAGAUGGAUGGUUGCCCGCGUGCAGGACGCCACGGUGCGCGUGUACGACUACUAUGAGCCCGGACGAGGAGCCAUGAGGACGUAUAACUCUGAGCGCAUGAAGGUCAUGGACUCCUGCAGCUUCUGCGGUAGGGACUGCAGUCGUUGUCGAGCUGGGAUCUCCCUCGUUUCCUCCACCAUCUCGUUGCAUUCUCUCGGCAGCGCCCCCUGCUGCCUGGGCUGUUUAUUUGCUCUCAUAACCUUGUUAUUUGUCUAGACUUGACUUGUAUGGGAUUAAUGUAAAUCUAUGUAUUUGCACUGGGGCAAUAUGUAAAACUGACACCAAAUUCUUUGCUAGAAAAUAUGUAAGUGUAUGAUUACGGACAACUAUCCAUCCGAGUCCUAUGUUUUUUUUUUGAUUGGUUGAGAAUGUUUUGUGAACAUUAACAGAAGAACUGUUUUCAGCAUAGUAAUAAAUCAACUGCUGCUUCAUAAGAUACACGGAAAAUAAACAAUAUACCAUCUUGCCAUAUACCUUGGCGGAACAAUUCAACUUUCUGAGAGUGUUUCAACCUAAGCAAGGUCUCUGGACAUAUUUCGAUCGUUGAUUAUUCCUUGUUGAGCAUAGUGUGAAAUGGUGUGAUGGGUAAGGGUACAACGUGUGAUUGGUAUUCACGCUUACUAUGUACAUAAUAAAGGACAGAUGUAUUGAACAUAACGUCUAAUGAUUUAUCCUUAGUUCGGAAGCUUCCUCUUUGCCUCAUGAGAGCCUCUCAUGAGGUAUCGUAGUCAUGUCUUCAGGAAAACCUGUUUCUACUCUGUUAAUGUUUAGUGGAAGUACCUCCUCUCCUUUCAUUAAAAAACAACACACAGUUAAUCAACCAAUAAGGAAGAAAAAAAAAGGGCAUGGAUAUAUUCUGUUAAACAAAUUGUUUGGAUAACCCCUACCCUUUUCGUACACUUAAUCUAUGUAUAUCAACGCUCAGUUUGUGUAAUUAACAUCAAAAUAUAUUUGAAUGGAUACAUUUAUCGAGCCAAGUGACAACAUGUAGUUGGACACUAAAGUAUGUGGUUUUUCUUUUCCCACAUGAGAGCAAGAACUUAACUGUUAUUUCAGUUUAAGUGUACAUUUGAUCAUGCAGAGAUUUGAUUAGCCCAGUGGACAAGGCGAUGGGAAGAGCGAAGACGCUACAGUGCAACUUUAAGACACUAGAUGGUGGACUUGUCUACCUUUUCCCUGGAAGCUUUGGAGUUGAACCCUGAUCCCAGCUCAAAGGGAAGCAAUGAUAGAAUCGCAAUGACGCAGGAAAUCAGGAAAUAUUUAAAGGCUGUUUAGACAUCCAAGAUUGAGUGAUAAAAGGCUCACCAAACAUCGGUCCGGCAAUACUGAUAAGGGAAACACAAAAAUGUGUUUUGGGAGCUACCAUGUCUUCUCAUCACAAUUGUAUAUGAAUGAAGGGAAAGGUGGCUCUUUAAAUAUCGAAUGCAAUAUUUCCUGCACCUCAUUUCAGUGCUCCCAGAGAGAGGGUGUGACGCUAAAUACGAGCCCACUUACUGUGGGUACCCACCCCACGCCCCAAGCAAACGUCUACCCACCGGUGAUGUUAUGGUUCGGCAAUGCCUAAUGAUGCUGCGUUAGUGUGCGCGUGUGUGUGCGUGUGUGUGCAUGCAUGUGAGUGUGCGUGUGUCUUUGUGUGUGUGUGUGUGUGUGUGUAAGUGAGGGCGAGACAUAGACAGAGAUAGGAUCUUAGAACCCCAAGGAACAACUAUGUAGUAGAAGCAAUAAUGUAUUUCCCUCCCCCUCCCCACACACACACACGCACGCGCACACACAACCGCACACUCACACACAUUGCAUGUAAAAAAGUGUGCAUCCUCUGUUGUAGCAGAGAUAAUUCAGAAGCCUGUCAUCUCAAAGCUCAUGGCGUUUAUGGAGCCUAUAGGCCGUGACAUUGUUGCUCUUUUUGAGUAAAAGAGGGCUUGUAUAAAAUAGGGGCCCUUGAGAGGAGCCCCGUGAAGCCGUAUGGAUAUUUAAUCAUUUCAGUGCUGCUGCAGCGGCUCUUCUACGAGUCUGCCGGCACGGAGACGCAGACGUGGGGCACACAGCCAAACUGUGUUGUGUUAAGGGUAGACACACUGCUGUGUGGACCAAAGCCCUCAGGACCUCUGGCAGGGACUCUGGUGGCAAGGGUUCGGGUCAAACAGAAGAUGAUAGGACUUUAUCAUUGUCGAUACUCCAAAAUACUGUUGGUUAGAUAAAAUACAACGUCACUGCUAACACUUACAAUUCGAUUUGUGUUUCAUCAAUAGGGCUCUGUGGUGUCGAAUGCUAUUUCAAACAAUCAGGAAGAGCAACCUCUUUGUGCUUAACAGGGUUAACAUGUCGCAAUAAAAGUCAAAUGAAAUGUUCCCUGAGAGAAUUGGCUAGUGAAAAUAUAAAUUAUUUAUUGUUUAUUAGCUUAGGUUUCCUGUUCAAACUGAAUUGACAGGCGGGAAUAAACAGUGAAAAUCCUAGCCAGAUAUUUAUUAUUAUUUAUUGUUAGCCUAUUUCAUAGUUUACUUCCCCUGCACAUAUAACAGUUGGAGUUGAGGACAUAGAUAAACGGUUACGAUAUUAUGUUUUAACCACCUUUAGCGAUUUUAAGCUUCAAUGGAACAGGCUACGACACAGUAGCCUGUGUAUGUUUAGGUGGCCAACAGCUGAUCAAUCACCCCUACAGGACCCUGUAGACUUCAAAAGUUUGCACUCAUUAGUACCAAAUACGGAGUGAAUAUGUAUUAAACAUAUAAACCCUAGUACAGAUUACUUUCACAUGUCAAAGAAAGGAGGGAAUCCGAUUGCAUGUGGGAUGCAUUAGGCUCAGAUUCUUGAGGUCCGAAUACUGCUUUAUCUCCAUCUUGGACUAAUAUCAAUGUUACUAUGCGUGCAUAUCUGAAAGUUAUCUGAAGCAUAAAAGAACACGCACGCUAAAAAACGUC